AUGGAUCUUGCUUAUGGUUUCUUCAGCAGUACUGAUAUCUCGCUCUGCAGCUUACCUGAUCCGACAGUAAAAAUUAAACAUUUCACUGAUUUCAGAAGAAGUGUUAUGCUAAAAGGGUUCAAGAAAUGCUGCCUGAAGCGAACUGGAAAAAUUGUAUAUUUACCUUCUGCAGCGAAGCUGCGCAGGUCAGGAGUGAAGUUUAAACUUAGUGAAGAAAAAUGUUUACUUAACAUAAGAUUUGAAAAUCGACUUUUCCCAUGGUUGAAUUGUGGAGGGGCUGACCUGAAAAUACCAAAUCUGGUACUAUACGAGAACACAGAAAAGUUACUUCUGAACGUGAUGGCUUUGGAGCAAUGUGUCUAUCCAGAUGAUGCACUGGAUUUACUUGUUGAUGAGGAAAUAAUAAGCAAUUUUCUUGGAGACUUUGCUUCAGUAGCAAAUAUGUUUAACAGACUUUCCUUAGAAAUUCGUAAGAGAGAUUCUAGUUACUAUGGCAUUUGCGAGGAUCUGAAAAAGCACUAUAAGAAUCGUUGCAACCAUACUAUGGAAGCCUUUAUACGUUGGUUCUUUGAUCCCUUGAAAGCCCUCGGAACUGUUUUGGCCCUUAUAGCGCUGGUGCUUAGUUUUAUACAAACCAUAUCAUCCAGCAGAUAA